UAAUACAAAACAUGGCGUGGAGAAAUCGAUCCGAUCUAGUGGCUGUUGUGCGAAUGACAUGAAGCGCAGUGGAGCUACAGGAACCAAAGCUGAUGAAGCUGAACAUGAUGCGCAACUCUUUGGCUUUCUCCAUUCGACUAAAAUGCUGCAACAGGUUCUAGUUUUUCGCAUAGCUAGGUUUCAUGAUUGGAUCGUCGCUCGUGCAUGUAGUCCGGAUCCAAACUGUCCAAAAAUCGUUUUGUUGGAUUUUUAUCCCUGGUGUUAAAGAGAAGCGCACAGACUACAGACCACCGAGUCGUGGGCGCACAGACACUUAAUGCCUUUAACGUGUAGGGCUGAAAGUGUCGCUGAGUUUCUUCUCUGAUUCUAUAUUUAGCAAAAACCUUGUCGAGGUUUGACAUCAGAGGGCUUGUGGCUAUUGUACUUUUAAUUUCUUGGCUUCGACGUAAUCGCAGAAUCUCUGAACCUUCUCUUUGGUUGCCAUAGUGUUGGCUACAGAUGAGUUACUCCGCAGGCUAGUAGAUGCAGACCUGAGCUCUCUUUGGUGUGUGAGGCACACAACCUACAGAUGGAGUCGAGGGUUGCUCACCACAUUCCUGGGGUCUCUUCGUCCAUGGUGGUGCAGCCUUUGCUGGACAGCAGGGUCCCGUAUGGUCGGCUCCAGCACCCGUUGACGAUCUAUCCUAUUGACCAGAUGAAAUCCAUGCAUGUGGAGAACGAUUACAUCGACAGCCCUGCGGUGGUGUCACAGCAGCCCCCCAGCCACAAGGUGGCCACAAGGGGGCAGGAGGUCCUGCUCGGCGCUCAACACCACCCUCACCUGUCCCGCUGUGAGGCCCCGGACGCCACCACCCACCCCUGGAUCUCCUUCAGCGGCCGACCCAGCUCUAUCAGCAGUAGUAGCAGCACCUCUUCUGAUCAGCGGUUGCUCGAGCAUGCUGCACCCACCCCUUUGGUGGACUCUUUUUCCAGUGGUGGAGGCCAUGCCAGGAUCCUGGGUACAGAGCAACCAAAGCUUCCCGGGUCCAAACCCCAGCAUUCAAAGCCAGGGGUAAUUUUGCCCACUGAGAAAAACCAUAUGCCUUUGUGUGACAAGUGUGGAAAGUGCAGGUGUACGGAGUGUACGCUGCCCCGGACCCUUCCCUCAUGUUGGGUGUGCAACCAGGAGUGUUUGUGCUCAGCUCAGAACCUGGUGGACUCAGCCACCUGCAUGUGCCUAGUCAAAGGCGUCUUCUACCACUGCACAGAGGACGAGGACGAGGAAGGCUCCUGUGCCGACAGGCCGUGUUCCUGUUCACACUCAAACUGCUGUGCGCGCUGGUCCUUCAUGGCGGCCAUUUCGCUUGUGCUGCCAUGCCUUAUGUGCUAUUUGCCUGCCGUGGGUUGUGCAAAGAUCUCACAGAAAUGCUACGACAGCCUCAGGCGCCCGGGCUGCCGGUGCAAAAGUGCUCAGGCGUGCAAGGUGGCAGAGGUCAAGAACUGUCCUCUGGAAAAGCAGGCCUCAUGAUGUCAUGUCCAAAAGAAAGCUAUAAAGAAGGACUUUGAGCAGAAGGUGGCAGAACCUUCUCCAGUUCUUGCAUACUUCCCCAAACCAUGGUACUUAAAGUCUUCAUGCUUGGUCCUUACUGUCAUAGUGUGAUUUCACAAUGCUCAGUCAUGGUGUUUGCUAGAAUGGCUGGAGUAAGUCUUACGAAUAACUACAAACAGAUAAGGCCUAUUUUUUCGUAUCGGGGUUUUUUUUCUGUGGGAUCAAAGUGCUCUGCUAUUUCACCCUCUAGUUAAAACACUUGCCAUCACAGAAUGCUGCAAAAAUGUCUGGUUUCUCCUUUGGUGCAGUCAAAGUAAAUAUUACCUAUUCAGAGCAUUCUGUACUUUUAAAAUCCCUCCCUGGAUCUGGCCCUAAGAAAGGUUGCAGUGAAUUCCAGGCUGAUCACAGGUUACAAUCAACAUAACUAGACUUUAUACCUCCAUGCCCACUUAUAAGCUUGUUAUAGAGCUUUUACUCCCUUUUUUUGAGGUGAGAACAGAAGGCAUCAUUGUUUUGGUCAAAGGACAUCAAGUUCUUUUAUUACAGAAAAUGCAAUUUUACUACUACAGAAAAUAAGCAAGAUCCCUGAAUUCACCUCUGCAGAAUAGCUGGCUGUCCGUCAUCUUAGGGACAGGUUUGUGGGGUUUUAAUAACAAGUGACUUUCACAUGUUUUCAAAUGCAUGUCACCAUACGUGAACUUCCACAAUACUUCUUCCAAAUAUUAGCCGUUUGAUUUGUUCUAGAAAAGGUAUCACCUCAGGGAGCACAAUUUUCACAUAUUAUGUAUAGUAUGUAAAGACAACAUGGUAGUCAACUGAACAGGAAACUGCUACACACAGAUGAAACCAUUUGAUAAAACAUCCAUAAGCUAAAGGACACUGGGUCAACAGGAGGGCUGUCCCAAUAUAUUCACCCUUCACGUAGACAUCUAAAAAACUAAUGACAAGCACAGCAUUAUGUACAAAUGCAUGUACAAUUACUGUAAUUAGUGAAAUUCUACUAGUUUGCCAUGUACCAAACCCCUCCAGGUCUACUCUACUUCUCAUAGGAUUCACUAUUAUGCAGUUUUGUGGUUUGUCUAGAAUUAGGCCUGCAGAUCAUUUGCCAAAGGAGUUUUAGUUUGUAUAUUUUAGUUUACGUGGGUAAAGCUUUUUCUGACCUAACAAAUCAACUCCACAGCGAGGUACGACGUGUUCCGAUCGCUCGGAUUCUCGGGACGCGAGGGAAAACGGGCGAAAGACACCUUUGCGUGUACAAAAUUCCCACAAGGCUUAUUUAGUCUAAACUUUUAACAUUAUAUAUUCAGAUGUUUGUUCCCAUCUUUGUUGCACAAAUCAGAAAAGCAGAAGUAAAAAAAACACUACUGUUCUUAGUCUUGAAUGUAUAAAGGCUAAGGUUUAAGUCUUUGCAAACUAAUUUGUGGAUAGGUGCCAAAGUAGAGACGAGCGCGGAGGCUUGUGUAGUUGUAUAGGUGAAAAAUCGCAAAUGUAUCAUUAAUAUUCUAGAAUUAGAACUAUGCAGGAUACAUGCGCUUGUAAAUAGUGUCGAGAAACUAGCCGUCUUAAAGAUGCAUUUCAAAUGUCCUAAAGAAUUGCAUGGUACAAUUUAAUUACGAUUCAGUACAAAAGUAUAUAUAGAUGAAUAUUAUAUUUUUGGGGGGGCUGGGUGGGGGGUCAGAUUUAUGUGGUUGUGCGGUAGAAGGCAAAGGUCUUUCUAUUAAAAGCACUUCAUUUAGAAAAGUGUGCCAGGCAAUAAAAAUACCUCUGUUUAUGCUAACCAUGCCUCAUUAGCACGACAGGCAUGGCCAAGGUUCCUCUGUGCCCCUGAAACUGUAGAUUUAAUUGACUCCACUGAAGGAAUGCUGUUUCAGCAUCAGCCGGCUCCAUUUGUACGUGUUUGUUGUGGCCACAGCUUUUUUGCCUUCAUCUUAAAAUGGUGAAACAUCUCCUGUGCUUGAUUGACAUAUACAGCUGCUGUGCAUGAACUUGUCUGAGAGGAUACGGGGCUCUCUAGUAACAUUCCAUUCCUUCUUAUUCCGAGAUUUCUUUUAAGCCGUUCUUCCCUUCCCCUUUCCCAAACAUGCACACACACACACACACACACACACACACACACACACACACACACACACACACACACACACACACACACACACACACACACACACACACACACACACACACACACACACACA